AUGCAUGAGUGUACCCAACUCACAUUUUUGAACUAUGCCAUAUUCUAUAAAUGCAAAUAUCUUCGAUCGAUUCAACUUCCACCAAAUUUGAAACGAAUUGGUUCUGCUUGUUUUCAUGAAACAGAAAGCCUAACACAAAUUAGUUUACCUGAUACAGUCACAACAAUUGAUGGAUACACAAAUAUUGGAAGAGUAUUUGGUAAUAGUGCUCUUAGUCAAAUAACUAUAACAAGUAACUCUAAUUUGAAUUAUAUAGGAUCUGAUGUUUUUGCCAAUUGCAAACUUACUUUCUUUUUCUUCCCAAGGAAAUUGACUCAAGUCGAUCCUUCAUGCUUUUCUGGCUGCCCAUUGAGUGAGAUAGUUAUCGAUGAGGAAAAUCCUUCCUAUAAGACAGAUGGGAAAAUAAUUUAUUCAGGCAAAAAUAACAAUACAUUAUUUUUUGUUUCUUCUACUAAAACAGGAUCGUUUACAGUUCCAUCAUAUGUGAGUAAUGUCGGAAAUUCUGCUAUGAGAGGAGGAAGUCUUAGUGAAAUUAUCAUGCUUGAUAAUGUCAAAACUCUAACAUCAUGGUGUGUCUCAGGAAACCCAAUAACAACAUUCACGUUCCCAAUCGAUGUUACAACAGUUCCUUCUUCCAUGUUCAAUGGAUGCAAACAGCUCACAACUGUGUACUUUACUAAUAACAUUACAAAAAUAUUAAACAACGCCUUUUAUUAUUGUUCACUUCUCAAAAAUGUUGAGUUACCACCAAAUUUAACCGAAUUAGGGAAUGAGGCCUUUUAUAACUGUCAAUCUUUGAAAAGUAUUUCAUUACCAGAAAGUUUAGAAACACUUGGAAAUGCAGUUUUUGGAUUGGUUAGAGAUAUUGUUAUUACUUCUCAGAAUCCCAAUAUCGUUGUUGAUGAAUACACGAUGUAUCGAGAUAACAACCAAACACUAUUUACAUACCUUGGUUCCAAUCAAAAUUACAAUAUCACAAUAAGAUCAAGUUGUAACCAAAUUGCAGCUAAAACAUUUUUGGAGAAAAAUCUUCAGAAUGUAUACUUUAGUAACAAUGACAAUAUGACCAUUGGAGCUAAUGCGUUCGAAUCAUCUAAAAUUAAGUCAAUUGUAAUGCCUCCUGGUUUGAAUUUCAUUGAUAUAAAUGCAUUCAAAUUAUGUAGAAAUCUUGAAAAUGUCACAUUCCUUGGUAAUCAAUUGAAAUCAAUACCAGAUUAUUGUUUUUAUAAAAACUUCAAUCUAAAAUAUAUUAAAUUACCAACAUCGAUUGAAUCCAUCUGA